GCCUACCAUGACUUUGCAGUAUCGUCGUCAGCCACUGAAAACGAUCUAUCUAGCAUACGAAGCUUUCACUACAGUCUUCAUAAAAAUCCCAGUAUGGGUAAUCAUAGCUCUUCUAAAGAGUUGGCGUCCUGUACCAACACGUUCUAUCAGUCGUACGAUUCUCGUUCAGUUAAUAAGUAAUCUGGUGAAUGUGAUGGACAAGACUGGACCUCUAACUUAUGAACCCUCUUUUCGAGAUCUAGAAGACAAGGACGGUGUUUGGGUCGAUCCUGUUUCUCACCUCGUCACUGGCGAAUUGAAAACAUGGGCCUUCGUAGCCUCUGUGAAACCUAUACGCAUCCCCGGUUACUUUUUUGGAACUCGAAUUGAACACCCUGCAAAUCCAUCGCAGAAAGUGGUGUAUUCGCUUCACGGCGGGUCAUAUAUCCAGUGCAGCGCUCAUCCUUCGGGUGUAAAUUCUACUUUGGCUCACGCACUGCUCAGCAAGACCAAUUCGAAUAUCACGACAGUUUUUGCCAUCGAAUACCGAUUGUCGGCUACGCAUCCUCUUAUCCCAUCCAAUCCCUUUCCCGCAGCUCUCGUUGACGCCAUCGCAGGGUAUAACUACUUGGUCAGCACCCUUGGUGUUCCGUCCUCCAACAUCAUCAUAGAAGGAGACUCCAGUGGCGGCAACCUCGCUUUGGCUCUGACGCGCUAUCUUGUGGAACACCAAACCACUACGGACAUGCCUUCACCCCCUGGUGGACUUCUUCUUCUUUCCCCGUGGUGCGAUAUUGGUCUAUCGCACGACGUUCCACGAUCCAAUUCUAUUCUCAAGGCCGAUUACGACCCCGAACCGUGCGGUAUGGACUACGCGAAGGAAGCAUUUGUCGGUCCUCAUGGAAUGGGCGCAGCAGAUAUUAAUCCCUAUAUUUCCCCAGCAUCCCUUCACCCUUCUUUGUCUGUUUCCUUUAAGGGUUUCCCGAAAUCCUUCAUUUGUGCUGGUGAGGCAGAGAACUUGCACCCACAAAUUCAGGUACUGAAAGGACGGAUGGUAAGAGAUAUCGAUGAGCGAGUAACAUAUUGGGAAGGGAAGGAUGAACCCCACGAUUACUUGCUGUUCCCCUGGCUUUCACCUACCUGGGCAGCCACAAUGAAAGCGAUAUCGGAUUGGGUCUCCAGUAUAUAA